AUGGCGCUCAGAGCUUCGAACCCUCUGGUGCCGAAAAUUUCACGCUCUGGAUAUUCCGGCGAAGUGAAACCAGCCAGAAUAUCCAUCAGGGCCUCUGAUAAUGGCUUGAAAGAGAAGAAACGGAGCUUCUCCGGCUUCUCUCCCUCCAAAGAGGACUUUUUCCGUCUAGAUCUGGACCUCACAGUGAGGGACCUGGAACGCCUUUUCCAGCAAAAAUCCGGCGCCGGAAACGAUUUUUCCGGCCGUCCCGUACGCGUCGCUUACCAAGGAGUUCGUGGCUCUUAUUGCCAAGAAGCUGCCAUGAAAUCUUAUACUUUCUGCAACGCUUUGCCUUGCAAUCAAAUGGAGGAGGCCUUCAAGGCGUUAGAGGAGAAAACAGCGGAUCGUGCAAUCAUACCCGUUGAAAACUCAAUCGACGGUCAGAUCGGGCGUAACUUUGAUCUUCUCGUAAGGCACAAUGCGAGCAUAGUUGGAGAGUCCAUCUUUCCUGUAAAUCACUGCCUCUUAGCCAUUAAAGGUUGCGAAAAGACCAGUAUCAAAAGGAUAGUGAGCCAUCCUCAAGCUAUAAGCCACUGCAAAACGAGGCUUGAAGCCUUAGGGCUAGAGAUCGAAGAGGUCUCAAACUCAGCUGAAGCGGCCAAAAUCCUAUCAGAAAACUCCAUUACCGAUACAGCAGUGAUAGGAUCCCAGAUAGCGGCUAAAGAAUUUGGCCUUCAAAUUCUUGAACAAAACCUUCAAGAAAGGAAUGGAAAUUUUAACCGGUUCUUCCAUCUCGCCCUGAGUCCGGCGACUUUUCCUACCAGUUCAUCGGGAAAUUCGUCCUGCAAAACGACCAUCGCGUUUUCUCUUGAAAACGGGGUCUCUGAUCUUGCUCGGGCGCUUUUGAUAUUCGAGACUCGGGAUAUUCCCGUGACUCGGGUCGAUCACAGGCCGAACCGGAGCCGACCCAUCAGAGUAGUGAAGAACGAGGAACACCGUGUCGGGUACUUUGAUUACGUGUUCUUGCUCGAUAUCGAGGGCCACGAAUCGGAUCCCAAAGUAGAAAAAGCCCUCCAGAAUCUCAACGAAGUGUCAGGAUUUUUAAGGGUUCUUGGAUCUUACACGUGA